AAUAAGUGGCACAUGUACCAGUGGACUUCUUAGUCAAACUCAACCUACUCUAUUUAAAACAGCCACACCUCAAACUAGAGCCAUUGGCGUUACGUUCUAAGUUUGUUAUUCAAAGAAGAGAAGCCAUCCCGCAUCAAAUUCUCAAUGGGUCUGAAGGAAGAGUUUGAGGAGUAUGCUCAGAAAGCAAAGACCCUACCGCAGAACACAACCAACGAAAACUUGCUUAUUCUCUAUGGACUCUACAAGCAAGGCACCGUUGGACCAGUGAACACAAGCCGUCCUGGAAUGUUCAACCUAAGGGACAGAGCAAAAUGGGAUGCAUGGAAGGCUGUUGAAGCAAAAUCCAAAGAUGAAGCCAUGAGUGAUUACAUAACCAAAGUCAAGCAAUUGCUGGAGGAAGCUGCUGCUUCUGCUUGACAUUUCUGUGUGUUCUUGGCUUCUGAAUAUUGUGCUUUAGACGUUGAAGAUAAUAAGACAGGAAAACUACAGUUGUUUCGGACCUACAGCUAAAUUAUGCUUUGAAUUAUGUAUGAUAUGUACUUCUGUUUAUUUAUUUCAAUGGUAGUAUGAUUAUUGUUGGCCUUCUCCAUGACUGAUCUUCUGCUACUCUUGUGUACUUCUUUAAUUUGAUAAGGAUGUUUUGGUGGGCAA